AUGGGAUUUGUCGCACGAACGAACGAACCAAAAAGAAGACGACUCCGCCGAGCUCUUAUUCGGACAUCUGGAGCUGUGAAGAAUUCGCACAGUCCAGCCGUAACGAAACCAAUUCGAUCGACGCCCAACGGAUCCAAUCUCGAGCGGGAACUUCGUGGGAACGUACUCGUCAGCAGAGAUUACGCCACCUCCAUUGGUGGUGCACCGGACAACUGUAUGUGGGUUAGUAACACUUUAGUGGCGGUUAACAACUCGCCGGCCGAACAA